AUGGCAGAAUUGCAAAUAGAGCAUUACAACAUAGAGCGCCUGUUGACAGAAUUAGAGUAUAAAUUUGAUAGUAAAAAAGAUUGAAUGGUGAGCCAUUAGACAAGGUAGCAGAAAUUUGGAAUGCAUUUAUAAAGUGGAGUAAAAUGAAUUUUGAUGUUGAGAGGACAAUAAAUAUUCCACAUUUAGGUAAGAAAAGUUGAAUUAAUAUAUUAGGAAACUUUGCAUUUAGGUUACCACAUGUAUAAGGGGAAGAGAUAGCUUUAGAUAAAGAGAAAAGUGUUCUAUUCUAUCCAAAUGAAAAUUUUUUGAAUAGUGCAAAUCUACGAUAUAGAGUAUAUAUUAAAAUUUGAAUAUGAAUAGGGAGAGAUAGAAACACCUACACCAACAAUUAAAAUUAGUUAUCAUUAGAUUGCUAAAUUAUGUGGAGGAAUAGAGACUCAAGUGUAAUAACAAACUUAAAAAGUAAAUGAUAAAUCAAUUGUAUCAACUAAAUAAAUGGGAGUAGAUAGAUCUUUGAUUUAAGCAAUUGUAGAAGGAGUAUUCUAAUCUUUAAUUUAAAAAAUAAAAACAAAAACAUAAGUUGAGGUUGAUUUAGGAUAUUUUGGAAAGUUUUUAAGAUUUGAUUCUACAUUUACAUUUGAACCUCUUUUGAAAUCUAAAGUUCAAUCAUAAAUCAAAUAGGGAUCAUAAACAAAAAAGACUGUUAGAAAUUUGAUUGAAUAAUCAAAGAAUGCUAUAGCAUUGUAAACUAGAGGAUAAAUAACAAAUUUUUAAAUGAUUAAGAAUUAAAUCUAAUAAUAAUAAUAAGAAAGUAAAUAAUUAAUUAUAAUUGAUAGUAAUGUAAUAAUCAAUAGAGUAGAGUUAGUUGAUGUAAUCAAAAAAGGCAGCUUUUGAGAUAUUUAGUGAAAACUCUUAAUAGAAAAUGAUGUAAACUCCAACAAGAAGAAUAGGAAAAUUAGAACAGUAUUAGAUAUAUAAAUUUUGAUUAGUAUUCCAAUAAUGCCUGAGAUGUUGGGAGCAGGUACUGAUCCAUUAGCUAAAAAUCAAGACUUUUCUAAAUUAGUAGAGAAUCCUGCAGCUUUAAUGACUUAAUAAUUUAUAAAACCAUAGAAUGCAAAGAUACGUUUUCCACCAAUAUUAGAUAAAUUUGCUAGAACUUUGGCAGCUCCAAUUUCAGGAAUGAAAUAUAAUAGUAGUGUUGUUGGAAGAAUAGCAUCUAAUUACAAUCCUGGAGCAAAGAGAUUCUAUUUUGAUAGUGAAUCAAAAGGGGUAAGAAUAUUGAAAGCUUUUGAAUCAAAAGUGAAUUUCACAGCAAAUCCAGAGUUAUUAUAGAAGCCUGCAUCUUUAGAGGAAGAAUUAUUAUAUGUAACAGGGAAAUUAAGAACAAAAGAAUUGAAGGAAAAGUUAGAGGCUAAGAAUAAUUGUUAUGCAAGAUAUUAAGCUUAUAUUAAUAAUGAAAUACCAUAAGAAUUUAUCGCAGAGAUUAAAUAAUAAUGGGUAUAAGACAUUAUAGAAUUAUUACCAAGAGAUUUAAAGAAAUUAGGAGAUUAACUAAGUUAAAAGUAUGUUGAAGAAAUGAUGAAUGAAAUAACACAUGAUUACAAUUAAAGUAUGAAGAAAGCAAUUUUGGAUUAUGUUCUUAAAGAUGAAGAAGAGAGAUUGAGAAUAGGAAUAGUAGAAAUUAUUGAUGAAAUUCCAGAAUAUGGAUCUGCUGUUUAUAAAGGUAUAGAACCUAGUGAAGAAUGGAAAAAGAAAGUUAAUGAAGCACGAGAUGCUAUGGUGUAGAAUUUAGUAAUUAAUAGUAAUACUACUCUGUAAUUAUUAAAGAGUUGGUAUGCUAAAUAUUCUAAAAUGAAUUUCCUAGUUUUAUCAUCUGCUAAAGAUUAACCUAUGAAUAUUAAUUAUUUUACUAAAGUUUAAUAGGAUCGUAUUUAAGAAGUUAAAAAUCAUUUAUAGAAUGAAUGGCAUAAAGAGGUAGCUGAUCUCUAUUAAAAAGAAUUACAUGUUGCAAAUAGAAAUAAAAGACAUGCCAUGUUAUUCUUUGAAAGUACUGCUACUUUAAUGAGUAAUUUAUUAAGAACUUAAAUUAAUGAAAGUUUAAUUUCAUAUAGAAAUUUCUUUAAAAGAUUUGAUAAGAAGAUUUUAAGAACACCUUAAUAAGUAAUUGCUGAAGAAGAUGAUUUUGAUAAACCUAUUGAAGAUGUUUUUCUUACUGUUAAACUUAAACAUGAUGGAAAUAAAAUAGAAUUUGCUGACCAUCUUUAAAUGAGUAUCAAAAAUGGUAUUUUAAAGUUAAUUGAUGAUAUUUAUAAAUGUUCAGAGAAUUUUUAAAGACCCGAAAAUACUAUUUCUAGAAGUGAAAAAACAUCACUUUGGAAGAUUCCAGAAGAUGAUGAUACUUUUGUUUCUACAUACAAAAAAAUCAAUGAAAUUCUAGAUAUCAAUUUAAAAAAUGUUGAAAGUACUUUGGAAAUUUAUGAGAAAUAUUCUUAUCUCUUAAAAGAAACAGAAAAAGCAACUUAAUGGACUAGUGUUUUAAGAACAAGAAAUGAAUUUAUUUAAGCAUUCAAUAAUUAUUCAUAAUUAUAUGAAUAAGUCAAUGAAGCUAUUCCAUUCUUUGUACGUGUUAAUAUGAUUUUGGUUGAUGGAUGUGAAGUAAAAAGAAAGUAUUUGGAUAUAAUCUAAGAGAUUAUAUAAUUAUUAGAAAGAAAUAUUCAUGAUUACAUUAUGACAACUAAUUAAAGAAUCAGUAAAGAAAUUCAAGCUCUUUAAGAUAAUAUUUAAGGUAGAGCUGAUACUACUGAAAGAUUAGUUGAAUUGGAAGCAGCUUUAGAAAAAAUAAGAAAAACUGAAAAUAAAAAGGUUUAAAAUGAUUUCACUGAUUUGUAAAAAUGGUUGUAUUAAUUGUAUACAACAAAUUAUUAAAUUAAUGAGGAUGAUCUAAUCUAAAUUUCUAAUACUUCUAGAUUAGUACAUUCUCUGAUGCUUAAGGUUGAUUAGGAAGAAAUUCGUAUUUAGAAGGAUAGAGAUUAAUUAGAAUAAUUUAUUAGAGAAAGAAGAGAAAAGUUUUAAUCUAAUCUUGAUGAUAUUACUUAAAGCAUCAAUAGAUUGAAAACAUCAUAUACUUCUGCUUAUUAAGUAAAAGAAGCUAAUGAUAUUGUUGAUAAUCAUGUUAAGAGAUUAUAAGAAUAUGUAGCUGAAAUGUAGGAUAUUUAAAUGAGAGAAGAAUAAUUGGGUUGGUAACCUACUGAGUUUGUUAAGUUAUAAGAUGCUUAAAGUAGUAUAAAACCUUAUGAAGAAUUAUGGCAUUAAUUAAGAGAUUGGGAAUAAAACUCAACUAAUUGGACAAAAGCUAAGUUUAUAUUUAGAUUAGAUGCAGAAAAUAUUGAAAAAGAUGUUAAAACAAUGUUAACUUAAGCUAAAAAAUUGUAAUAUUAAUUCCCAAAAAAUGUUACACCAUCAGGUACUCUGACUUUAAUAAAAUAUUUAACGGAUAAAAUAACUGAUUUCUAAGUUUAAUUACCAUUGGUUAGAGUAUUCUCUAAUCCAGGUAUGAAAGAAAGACAUUGGGAAGAGAUUUCUUAGAUUAUGGGAUUUCCAGUUAGACCAGACAAAGAAUAAUAAUUAUCUAAAUUAAUCGAAUUAGAUUUGAAAUAACAUUUUACUAAAUUUGAAGAAAUUUCUGAUUCUGCAACUAAAGAAUAUAAUUUGGAAAAGAUUUUAAACAAAAUGUAAGAAGAUUGGGAUAAUGUAAUUACUGAACUUAAACCAUGGAAAGAUACAGGAACAUUUAUUGUUUCAGGAGCAUCAAAUGAUGAAGUAUAAACUUUAUUGGAUGAUUAAAUUGUAAAAACAAUAACAAUGAAAGGUUCACCAUAUGCAAGAAGUUUUGAAAGUAGAAUAGCAGAAUGGGAAGCAUUUCUAUAUUAUACAUAAUCAUUAUUUGAUUAUUGGUUAAAAGUACAAGGUGUUUGGAUGUAUUUGGAACCAGUAUUUACAAGUCCAGAUAUAUUAAAACAUCUUGCAAUGGAAGGUACUAGAUUUAAGGAAGUUGAUGCUAGUUGGAAAUCUAUUAUGAAUAAAGUAAAUUCAAAUCCUAAAGUAAUUGAAUAUACAAAAAAUAGAAAAAUGUUAGAUAUAUUGAAAGAAUGUCAUACAUCAUUAGAAGUAUGCUAAAAAGGAUUGAAUUCUUAUUUGGAAGGUAAAAGAACCAAUUUCCCAAGAUUUUAUUUUCUCUCAAAUGAUGAAUUAUUGGAAAUUCUAUCAGAAACAAAAGAUCCAUAAAGAGUGUAACCACAUUUGAAGAAAUGUUUUGAAGGUAUUUAGAAAUUAAAAAUUGAUGGAGAAAAAAAAAUACAUGGAAUGUAUUCAUCAGAAUAAGAAUAUGUAUAAUUUUAGAAUAUUGUGGAUACAAAUGCAGCAAGAGGAAAUGUUGAUGAAUGGUUAGUAGAAGUAGAAAAAAGAAUGAUUGAAAGUAUUCAUUAUUAAACAGAGAGAGCCUUUAAAGAAUAUAGUGAUGUAAAUAGAAGAAGUUGGGUUAUAAAUAGAUGUGGUAUGGCAGUAUUAAAUAUGGACAUGACAUUUUGGACAAGUGAAACAGAAAGAAAUAUGUUAGAAAAAGGAAAUGAAGGUGUUGGUUAAUAUGCAGCAACAUGUACAUAAUAAUUACAAGAGAUUGUUGCUUUGGUUCGUACUGAGAUUUCAAUUUUAGAUAGAUGCACAUUAGAAGCAAUGAUUGUAUUAGAUGUUCACAAUAGAGAUGUAUUAAAUUAAUUACAUAAAGAAAAAGUAGAAAAAGUAAAUGAAUUCUCUUGGUAAGCUUAAUUACGUUAUUAUUGGAUAGAUAGUAAUACUACUGUUAAAAUUAUUAAUGCAAUAUGUGAAUACAAUUAUGAAUAUUUGGGUAAUUCUGCUAGAUUGGUUAUUACACCAUUAACAGAUAGAUGUUAUAGAACAUUAUGUGGUGCAAUCCAUCUUAAUUAUGGUGGAGCACCAGAAGGACCUGCAGGAACAGGUAAAACUGAAACUGUUAAAGAUUUAGCUAAAGCUUUAGCUAGAUAAUGUGUUGUUUUUAAUUGUUCUGAUGGUUUAGAUUAUAAGGCUAUGGGUAAAUUCUUUAAAGGACUUGCUAGUUCUGGAGCAUGGUCAUGUUUUGAUGAAUUCAAUCGUAUUGAUUUAGAAGUCUUAUCUGUUGUUGCUUAAUAAAUUCUUACCAUUUAAAUGGCUAGAGCAUCUAAUAAAUCUAGUUUUACUUUUGAGGGAUCAGAUAUUAGAUUAAUUUAAACAUGUAAUUGUUUUAUUACCAUGAAUCCUGGUUAUGCUGGAAGAUCAGAAUUACCUGAUAAUUUAAAAGCUCUAUUCAGAUCUGUUGCUAUGAUGGUUCCAAAUUAUGAAAUGAUUGCAGAAAUUUCAUUAUAUUCUUAUGGAUUUAGUUAAGCUAGAGAUUUAGCUAGAAAAAUUGUUACAACCUAUCAAUUAUGUUCAGAAUAAUUAUCAUCUUAAGAUCAUUAUGAUUAUGGUAUGAGAGCUGUUAAAUCUGUAUUAACUGCUGCUGGUAAUUUGAAAAGAAAGUUCUAAAGUGAAGAUGAAUUCAUUUUGAUGCUUAGAGCUAUUAAUGAUGUCAAUCUAGCUAAAUUUUUAUCUUUUGAUUUGCCUUUAUUUUAAGGUAUAACUAAUGAUUUAUUCCCUGGAAUUAAAUUGCCUGAAAUCGAUUAUAAAAAUAUGUAUGAAUGUAUUAAUAUUGAAAUUGAAAAAUUGAAUUUGUAGAAGGUUCCAGAUUUUAUUGUUAAAGUUAUUUAAUUGUAUGAAAUGAUUCUUGUUAGACAUGGUUUAAUGGUUGUUGGAUUACCAUUUGGUGGAAAAACUAGUGCUAUCAAAGUAUUAGCAGGUGCUUUAACUUUAUUAAAUGAAAGAGGAUAAAUGAAUGAAAAGAAAGUAUAAAUUAUCACAUUAAACCCUAAAUCUAUUACAAUGAAAGAACUUUAUGGUAAAUUUGAUGAAGUUUCUCACGAAUGGUAUGAUGGAGUGUUGGCUGUUAAAUUUAGAUAAUUUGCUAAGGCAGAAGAUGAGGAUAGAAAAUGGUUAAUUUUUGAUGGUCCAAUUGAUGCCGUUUGGAUUGAGAAUAUGAAUACAGUUUUAGAUGAUAAUAAAAAAUUAUGUUUGAAUUCUGGAGAGAUUAUAGCAAUGAGUAAAGCAAUGAAUAUGAUAUUUGAACCAAUGGAUUUAUAAGCUGCAUCUCCAGCAACAGUAUCAAGAUGUGGUAUGAUUUAUAUGGAACCAUAGAUUGUGGGUUGGAAGCCACUACAAAGAUCUUGGAUGAAUACUUUACCAAAAGUAUUGUUGAAGGAAGACUUAGAAGAAAUUUAAGAAUUGUAUGAUGCAAUGAUGGAACCAUUAAUGGAAUUCCAUUCUCAUUAAAGAAUGGCAUCAGAGAAAUAUGAAAUAUCUCCAUGCUAAAAUGCAAAUUUAUUAGUAAGUCACACAAAACUGUUUAAAUCUCUUCUUUAGGUGUUUGAUGAUGAAUAAUUAAAGGCACUUGAUUCAAAGAUAAGACAAGGAUUAUUGUAGUAGUAAUUUGUAUUUGCAUUGAUAUGGUCAUUUGGAGCAAGUGUGAGUACAGAUUUCAGAAAACCAUUUGAUUAAUUUAUGAAGAGAUUAUGUGGAGGAGAUAUCCAUACAAAAAAUGAUGCUCCAAAAAAGAAGGUGGCAAUUCCUGAUAGAGGAAGUCUUUUUGAUUAUAUUUUUGAUUUGAAGUAGAAUAAGAGUGACGGGGAAUGGGUUUUAUGGACUUAAUUGAUUGAUAAGAAUGAAUAAAUAUCACCAAAAUUGUAACCACAUGAAAUACUAGUGAAAACAACAGAUACAGUACGUUAUUCAUAUUGGUUAUUGAAGAAUAUAUUUUCUGGUACUGCAACCUUAUUUUGUGGUCCAACAGGUACAGGAAAGAGUGUUUAUAUAAAAAAUGUUUUAGCAGAAUUGCCAAAAGGAUAAUACUCUGCAAUAGAAUUAGGAUUUUCAGCAUAGACAACAUCUACAUAAACAUAAUUCAUUAUUGAUUAGAAAUUGGAGAGAAUUAGAAAAGGAUAUUAUGGGCCAAGAAUAGGUAAUUAUGUAAUAUUUGUGGAUGAUUUGAAUAUGCCAGCAAAAGAGAAGUGGGGAGCUUAACCUCCAAUAGAAAUUUUAAGACAAUUUUUAGAUUAAGGUGGAUGGUAUGAUAAUGGUGAUAAGGAGAAAAUGUUUAAGAGUAUAAUAAAUUGUGUGUUUGUUACAGCUAUGGGACCACCAGGAGGAGGACGUACAUUUGUUACUCCAAGAAUAUUGAGACAUUUGAGUUUGAUAUCAUUAGCUGCUUUUGAUGAUGAGACAUUGAAUCGUAUUUUUGGAUCAAUUUUGAAAUGGUUCUUUACAAAUUAGAAUUUCCCUUAAGAUAUUUUAAAGAUGGAAUCUAAGAUUGUAAAUGGAACAUUAGAAAUUUAUAAAUUAGCUAUGAGAGAAUUAUUACCAACUCCAACUAAGAGUCAUUAUUUAUUUAAUUUAAGAGAUUUUGCAAAAGUGAUUUUGGGGAUAUGUUUAGCAGAUAAAGAUAAGAUAAAUACUACAGAUGUAAUGGCUAGACUUUGGACUCAUGAAGUUUGGAGAGUAUUUGCAGAUAGAUUAAUUAAUGAUGAUGAUCGUUUAUUAAUGUUGAGAUCAGUAAGAGAGAUUAUGAGAAAAUCAUUUGGAUUGAAUUUUGAUACAAUAUUUGAACAUUUAGAUAAACCUGAUGCUGAGGGUAAGAAAGAUAAUAAAAUUGAUUAAUUGGAUGAAAUUAGAGGACUUAUUUUUACUGAUGUAAUGACUCCUAUGGGAGCUCCAAAAAGAUUUUAUGAAGAAGUUGUUGAUUAGGUUAAAUUAGCUACUGCUGUAGAUUAAUAAUUAUAAAAUUAUAAUGAUUUAAGUGAUAAACCAAUGGAUUUAGUAUUGUUUUAAUUUGCUAUUGAGCAUUUAUUAGUCAUUACACGUAUAAUGAAAUAACCAGGUGGUAAUGCAUUACUUGUUGGAGUAGGUGGUUCAGGUAGAUAAUCAUUGGCAAGAUUAGCAUCUUCUAUUGGAGAUUUCAAAGUUGUUUAAAUUGAAAUUUCUAAAUCUUAUGGGAAAACAGAAUGGCAUGAAGAUAUUAAAAAAUUGUUAAAAUAAUCAGGAGGUAAGAAUGAGGCUUCUACAUUUUUGUUUACUGAUAAUUAAAUAAAAUUAGAAUCUUUUGUUGAAGAUGUUAAUAAUUUAUUAAAUACUUCUGAAGUUCCAAACAUUUUCCCAACUGAAGAGAAAACUGAAGUAACUGAAAUGGUUAGACCUGCAUAUUAAUCAAUUAAUAAAGAAGGAGAAGCUACUUUGAAUUAAUUGUAUGCCUUUUUCUUAGAAAGAGUAAAAAAAAAUCUACAUAUUGUUUUAUGUAUGUCUCCUAUUGGUGAUGCUUUUAGAACAAGAGUAAGAAUGUUUCCAUCAUUGGUUAAUUGUUGUACUAUUGAUUGGUUUAAUGAAUGGCCAUAGGAUGCAUUAGUUAGUGUAGCUACUAGAUUCCUUAAACCAGUUGAAAUGGAUGAUAGAAUAAAGUAAGAAUGUAUUGAUAUGGUAUAAUUCUUCCAUCAAAGUACUAUUCAUUGGGCUAAAAAAUUUUAUGAUGAUUUAAAACGUAAAUAUUAUGUUACUCCAACAAGUUACUUGGAAUUGAUAGUAACAUUCAAAGCAUUAUUGGGUGAAAAGAGAAAUGAAGUCACAGCUUAAAUAAAUAAAUAUAGAAAUGGUUUAAGUAAAAUUACAACAACUGAAAAUAAUGUAGAAGGGAUGAAAACUAAUUUGAUUUAAUUGUAGCCUCAAUUAAAAGAUGCUGCUGAAAAAACAAAAAUAAAAAUGGAUGAAGUACAAAAAGAAAAAGUUCAAGCUGAUAGUCUUAAAGCAGGUAUUCAAUCAGAGGAAGCUGUAGUGCAAGAAGCUGUAGAUAAGGCUAAUGCAAUUAAAGAAGAAUGUGAAGCUGAAUUAUCUGAAGCAAUGCCUGCUCUUAAAGCUGCUUAAGAUGCUCUUAAUGUUUUAGAUAAAAAGUAGAUUGAAUUUUUAAAAUAAAUGAAAGCUCCUUCAAAUACAAUCAGAAAUAUCUUAAGAGCAUUGUGUCUCUUGUUGUAUCCAAAUCCAACCGAAAAGACUAAGGAUAAAGAUGGUAUUAGAUUGGUUACAGAUUGGUGGUCUGCUUCAUUAAAAGUACUUGGAAGAUCUACACUUCUAGAAGAUAUGGUUAGUUUUAAUACAGAUACUGUUGAAGAAAAAGUUAUAGUAAAUUUGGGUAAGUAUUUGUAAGAUCCUGAAUAUAAGGAUUCAUUGGAAUUAUCUGCAGCUGAAAAUGCAUCACCUGCAUGUAAAGUUAUUAUGAUGUGGAUAAAUGGUAUUUACAAUUUUUAUUUUGUUAAUAAGAAGGUUAAACCUAAGAAGAUUGCUUUAGCUGAAUCAUAAGCAUAAGUGGAUGGUUUGAAUGCUAAAUUAGCUGUUAAAUAAAAAGAAUUAAAUGAUGCUAAUGACAAAGUUAGUAAAUUAAAUAGAGAAUUACAAUAAACAAUAGAUAAUAAGAAUAGAUUGGAAAAUGAAUAUGAAGAAUGUUCAAAAUAAUUAGAAAGAGCUAAAAAACUCAUUGAAUCUUUAGGUGGAGAAAAAGGGAGAUGGGGAGCCUUCGCUGAAUAACUAGAAGCUAAUUAUGUUACUUUGACAGGAGAUGUAUUAACAUCGGCAGGAAUGAUUGCAUAUUCAGGAGCUUUUACUUAAGCAUUUAGAAUUGAAAUUGUUAAAGAAUGGGUAGCAAAAUGUGUUGAAAAAAGCAUUCCUUCUUCUUAAAUCUUUUCAUUACUUACUGUUUUAGGAGAACCAGUUAAAAUUAGAGCUUGGAAUAUUGAUGGUUUGCCUUCUGAUUAAUUCUCCAUUGAAAACAGUAUUAUACUAUUUAAGGCAAGAAGAUGGCCGCUUUGUAUUGAUCCAUAAGGACAAGCUAAUAAAUGGAUUAAGAAGAUGGAAUAAGCUAGAAAAAUUGCUAUUAUUAAAUUAUCAGAUUCUGAUUUCUUAAGAUAAUUAGAAAAUGCUAUUUAAUUUGGAAAACCAGUUUUAUUAGAAAAUGUUCUUGAAGAAUUAGAUGCUUCUCUCACUCCUAUUCUCUUAAAAUAAGUAUUUACUAAAGGAAAUACAUCUUAUAUCAAAUUAGGAGAAAACACUAUUGAAUAUUCAAAUCAAUUCUAAUUUUAUAUAACUACUAAAUUGAGAAAUCCUCAUUAUCUUCCUGAAAUCUCUACUAAAGUAACUUUGUUGAACUUUAUGAUUACAUAUGAAGGAUUAAGUGAUCAAUUAUUGGGUAUUUUGGUGAAAAAAGAGAGACCUGAUCUAGAAAGAGAAAAGGAAAGACUUAUUAUGGAAGGAGCUAGCAAUAAAAAGUAAUUAGCUGAAAUUGAAUAAAAGAUAUUGGAAGUGUUAUCUGGAAAUAAAAAUAUUUUAACAGAUGAAACUGCAAUAGAGAUCUUAACAGCAUCUAAAUUAAAAUCAAAUGAAAUUAGUGAAAAAUAAAUUAUUGCUGAAUAGACCGAGAAAAAUAUCGAUUCAGCUAGAUAAGAAUACGUCUCUGUUGCAUAAUAAGCUUCUUGCUUAUUCUUUGUAAUUUCAGAUCUUAAUAAUAUUGAUCCAAUGUACCAAUAUUCUCUUGUUUAUUUUAUCGAUCUCUUCACUCAAUCAAUUGUAAAAUCAGAUAAAUCAGAUAAUAUAGGAAUAAGAUUAGAGAAUCUUAAAAACUAUUUCCUUCUUUCAUUGUAUAGAAACAUUUGUAGAUCAUUAUUUGAGAAAGAUAAACUAUUAUUUUCAUUCCUGUUGGCAACAAGAGUUAUGGAAUUCCGUAAAUAAUUAGAUUAAGAAUCUUUUAGAUUUUUAAUGACUGGAGGAUUGUCAUUAUAAGACAAAAUGCCAGAUUAACCAAAAACUGAUUGGGUAUUACCUAAAAAUUGGGGUGAAAUUACAAGAUUAAGUUUAUUGCCAUCAACUUAAGGAUUUCAUGAAUACUUCUAUAAGGAUGAAUAUUUAAAGGGAUUCAAAAGAAUAUAUGAUUCAUUAUAACCAUAAUCUGAAGAUUUACCUGGUGAAUUAUAAGUUAAAUACACAAAUCCAUUAAUUAAGUUAUGUGUUUUGAGAUGUAUAAGACCAGACAAAUUGAUUCCAGCUAUUUAAAUAUUUGUUCAUGGAUAUUUGGGAGAAGAAUUUAUUUUCCCACCAGCUUUCAACUUAGCUGAGAUAUAUGAAGAUAGUUCUUCAGUAACACCAUUAAUUUUUGUUUUAUCUCCUGGAUCAGAUCCAUUUGCUUCAUUAAGUGUUUUCGCAAAUUCGAAGAAUAAAUCAUUUGCAUAAAUUUCAUUGGGUUAAGGUUAAGGUCCAUUAGCAUAGAAAUUGAUAUCUGAAGGUGUAAUAAAUGGAAGUUGGGUUGUAUUAUAAAAUUGUCAUUUGGCAGUCUCUUGGAUGAAUACAUUAGAAAAGAUAUGUGAAGAAUUAUCACCAGAUCCAAAGUAAACUCAUCCUGAAUUCAGAUUAUGGUUAACUAGUUAUCCAAGUCCUUAAUUCCCUACUGCUAUUUUAUAAGCCGGUAUUAAGAUGACCAAUGAACCUCCAAAAGGAUUGAAAGCUAAUUUAUAAGGAUCCUAUUUAACUGAUCCUAUAUCAAAUGAUGAGUUCUUUACUGGAUGUAAUAAACCUGAAUGGUUCAAAAGAUUAUUAUUUGGUUUAUGCUUCUUCCAUGCUGUUAUUUAAGAGCGUCGAAAAUAUGGUCCUCUUGGAUGGAAUAUUCCUUAUGAAUUCAAUGAAUCUGAUUUACGUAUAUGUGUUAGGUAACUAAGAAUGUUCUUAGAUGAAAAUGAUUAUGUACCUUUUGAGGCUUUGAGAUAUUUAACUGCUGAAUGUAAUUAUGGUGGUAGAGUUACUGAUGAUAAGGAUAGAAAUCUUAUUAAAAUUCUACUUGAAGAUUAUUAUUGUCCUUAAGUUAUAGAUGAAAGCUAGAAUUAUAACUUUGGUUAUGAAGAAUAUAAUGCACCUCAUUAUGAAACAAGAGAAGAAUAUUUAGAACAUAUCAAAUAGCUUCCCCUUUUGACUCCACCUUAAAUAUUUGGUUUCCAUCCUAAUGCAGAUAUCACUAAAGAUAUGAAUGAAACAAAUCUUAUUUUAGAAUCAUUAUUAUUAUGUUCUGCUCAAGGUGGUAGUUCUAGUGGAUAAUCUUUUGAAUAAGUACUUGAAUAAUUAGUUAAAACUAUUAUGACGGAUUUCCCAGAAGAAUUUAAUUAUGAACAAGCUACUGAAAAAUAUCCAUUCAAUCCAAAAGAAUCCAUGAAUACUGUGCUCACAUAAGAAUUGACCAGAUUUAAUAAAUUGAUUAAUAUUAUUAGAAAAAGUAUGGAUGAUCUAAAAUUGGCACUUAUGGGUAAGAUCUUAAUGAGUCCAUAACUUGAAAGAGCUAGUAGAUAAUUAUUUGAUGGAAAAGUACCUGAUCUUUGGAUGGAAAAAUCUUAUCCAUCAUUAAAACCACUAGGAAGUUAUGUUAUUGAUUUGAAAGCAAGAUUGACCUUCUUCUAAAAAUGGCUAGAUAAUGGAAUUCCUUAUAAUUACUGGUUAUCUGGAUUUUUCUUUACCUAAAGUUAUCUUACUGGUGUUCUAUAAAAUUUUGCAAGAAAAUAUGUAAUUCCUAUUGAUGAAAUUAAAUUUGAAUAUAAAGUAAACCUAUAAUAUAAUUUUAGAUUAUGGAUUAAUCUAUAGAUGAGCAUAUUUAAUCAAGACCAGAUGAUGGUGCUUAUGUUUGGGGUUUAUACUUAGAAGGUGCUAAAUGGAAUUUCAAUAUUAUGGAGCUUGAUGAAUCAGAUCCAAAAGUAUAAUAUUAUUAAUAAAAUAGGUAUUAUUCACUAAAUGUCCAACUAUUUAAUUAUGUCCAAUGCAUAUUUCCUAAAUAAAUCCUCCUCCUACUUAUAAUUGUCCGCUUUACAAAACAAGUGCUAGAAGAGGAGUGUUGUCAACAACUGGUCAUUCUACUAACUUUGUGAUGUACGUAAGGCUGUAUACUUCUAAACCUGAGAGAUUCUGGGUUAAAAGAGGUGUUGCUUUACUUACACAAUUAGAUGAUUGA